CAAUGGGAAAACCAAUUAUUGAAAUUUGGCCUGAGUUUCCUGAAUUGGUUAAAAUAUUCGACAGUCCAAUUUAUAAAUUAGAUGGUACAGUAUGGGGUAUAAUGGGUAUAUCAACUGAAGUUACUCAAAAGGUCUUAAAUGAUCGAAGAUUAAAAAUCCUUGGCAAUCUUUCACUCCAGACUGCUG